CUCUUCACGUUUCCUUUCCCCAGUUCAAGUGUCUCUGUUACUCCUCCGGUUCAGGAACAAGAAAAACCACUAUUUGUUGUUGUGUCAGACUCUUUGUUAAGGGUAUCACCGGGAAAAGAAUAGAAAAGACCAAAACAUGAGUGAACCGUUCGACCUCAACCUAAACCUGCCCUUCCCCGCAGUCACCAAACAGGUCGCUGGGGUCAUCCAGGAUAUUCAAACAAACGUCACCCUCGUCAAGUUUAGUGACAGGAUUCUGAUAACAAUCUCACAAAAGGGACGACUAGGACAUUGGCUUCACGUACCACUCGAAAACAAAAAUCCAGGGACAGAGGGCUUUCACACAAUCUCGGAUUUCGCAGACGACAGUCUACUCCCAAUUGGUAAUCUGACUGCUACGUCGCUGCUCGGUGGCCGAGCUCCUGGUCAUGAGAUAGUUGGUCAGCUUUAUGCUCGUCAAAUAGCCAGUGCUAUUGUCACGAAAACCCCUAACGAAAAGCGAAUGCUUGUCUUGGGUCUUGGGUUGGAAACCGCCGACACUGACCGGGAUGUGUUCUUUGCCAUCAUUGAUCUCGUGCUUCAGUGCAUCUGAAGGGUCGAGAGGGGGUUCAAGGA